CAGUUCAGUCCUUUCAUAAAGGAACAGUACCUCGAUAUGACGUGUGUUCAAUAAAUUAAAAUAAUGAUGACCAAAAUGGAUAAAUCUAAUAAGAAGAUCGACGUGCCUCCCUAUUUGGUUCUUACGUCUAUUCUGUCAGCCGGUUUGACCAUAGUGGUGUCUGUCAUCUAUAUUGUUCUUAGCAUCCUCGGGUUAGUGUACCGAUUUAUGUGUGAUGUCGCCUCCCCAGAGACGACUGUUGGGUCGAAACACUUCAUCAACAUGAUACUAAGAAUUUAUAUACAAAAAAAUGACUGCGAAUUAAAAUUGAAUUGGGAUAACUUGACAUCGGCGGAUGCAGUUUUUGUGCUGAAUAUCGUCACCCUAUGCGCAGCCGUGCUAAGUUUAAUUGCGGCGAUUGUUCUAUUAACAAUGGUUGAAAAUAGGGACAAAGCGUCUCACAUCCACCUGGCAGCAUACGCGUAUAUAGGCGUGUGCGCAGCGUCACUGGUGGUGGACUUGACGUACGCCACUCACUAUGGUAUGGAUUACACUGAGCUCUCUAACCAAAUAAAUGAAAGUACUCCAGGCCUGACUAUGAACUACGACAGAGAUAUAGUGCGCCUGGGAGCGUUAUUCCUCAUGAGCCUGACCCUCAAAGGAUUCAUGGCUCACGCUGUCAACUUAGUGCUGCUCGUUCUGCUGCUUAUUUACGUCACAGAUUAUCAACAAAGGGAAGAGCAUUCCAUCCACCGUCUGGGCGCAUUAAAUGCAUAUGAUCAACCCAGAAGACGACAGGACAGACAGGACUCCUGGCAACCAGAACCACAAAUGUUUAUGGGUUUACCAAGAGGUCCCCAAACAAAUCCCGCGUUUGUUGACGACUCCAACUCGGUGGGUCCACGGCUCUCUAUGCGGGAACCCUCCGUACCAGACUACAUCAGGUCCGAGUCAUGGCAGCCGGGUGCGAAUGGUGCGCGGCCGUUCUCGUACCUGGAGGAAGCGCGGCGGCCGGCCGCGCGGCCGGUGUCGCCGGCGCCCGAGCCGCAGUGGCGCCGGGACUGGCCGCCGCCACCCGUGCCCGCGCCCGACUACAGCCCGCACGCGCCGCGGCGGCUCAAGUCUGCCCUCAAACCUUCUUAUAUGUAACCCCUAUAUCUUUACCUCCCUAGAAUUAUCCCGUUUCCACAGGAUCUACUUAUGGAAUAUUUUUUACAGAAAUGACUGUCUAUCUGAGCUAGAAGAAUAUGUAACCAAAAAUACCUGAGGAAUAACGUCCAUGAUAACCUUAGUACAAAACUGUAAUAUCAAAAAAAAUUAUCAUUUGUCAAUUUUGGAUAAAAAAAUUUAAAUAAAUUGUUUUACAUGUGUAUAACCAGUGUGAAUCAAUGCAUCAAAAAACCUGAUUCAUAUAAUUAAAAGUACUUAAGUACGUAUUAUACCAAUUAGAAUAAAUUUAGUCUAAAAUCACAUUACAGUUACGAAGUUACGUGUCUAUAUUAAUAAUAAAAAUGCAAAGUAAACUAAAAACUAGUCAUCCGACAUUCCGAGAUGCAUUUAUUUAAUAAUAAUUUAUCGGUAUAAAAAUGUAUGUGUCAAUAUUUUUUUAUAAUUAAUUAUUUUAGCCGUUGGCUCGGAACACUGUUUUGUAACAGUGAUAAGCCAAAUACAACAAACCACACUGACAACAUGCUGUAGCGUGAACAUGAAAUCUAGUAAGAUUUUCAAUAUUUAAAUAUAUAUUAAGGACAUGUGUUGUAAAUAAUUUGUAAUAAUAAAAGUGAAAUUAAAAAUGG